AUGGUUAGAUCAGGACUCAAGUUGGCUACUCAAGAGCAGCUGUUAACAACAGUCCGUACUCGCCAUCCGGCGCUGCGGAAGACUGCAGCUAUCAGUGAUGAAACGGUGGACGACGAGAAUGCAACUAGUGAGUCGCAUAGUUGGAGCAGUAAUAACGGUGCCAAUGGUAGCACUUCAUUUGCUUCUAUUAAACGCUGUAACCAACCAACGGCUACAAUUGUAUGCACGAAAAGUGAACCGCUUUCCGGUGAGGAUAUCAGUGGUAUUACCGCUACCCAUCAUCACCGGAAUACUUUGCCAAUACAUGCACAUUCGGUCCCACCAAUGCGGUCGUCUAAGCUUCACGAGAUUUCUGCAAUGAAUACGAUUCGCAGUUGUGAUGGAAAUUUCACGGAGGAAACAAAUGGCCUGUUAUCUGAUGCUCAAACUGUGAUUAAACACCAGGUUCCGAAUGAUCCAUCUGGCUUGAACGCAGCUUACUGUCGUGAUACUGGUGUCACCUUACCUUUAAACAGCCAUCUUAUGCCACCAAAAUCUGUUAUACAAGAUGACAUACGUAUGAAAUUGGGGAGAUUUGAAUUAGUAAAAAAGAAAGGCAGAUCCGAAGUGUGGAAUUUGUUUGGACAGGUUGAAAAUGUUUGGUUUAUUUUUCCGGUGCUUGACACAAUUACUGGAGCUCGUCUGCCGUAUGUGGCUUGUUAUGCAUGCAAAGUGCUCUAUACAGAUACAGGUGGUGGAACAGGAAAUAUGACUCGUCACAGAUGUCCGAUUGGCAGUAGCUAUAAGGAUAGCAUGAGCUCAUCAGCGGAAUCAACAAAUGACACUUCUGGCAAGCAAUUUUUUGAAACCCUUGCAUCAGGAUAUGUCAGUCAGUUGUCUCCCGACACAUCUGCUGCGUACAGAAGGGAUUCUCCAGCACCACCUUCAUCAUCACAUAUAAGUCUUACGGCGCAGUCAUCAUUUGAGACAUCAUUUAGUGAAUAUGAUCGCCGAAUAUUUUGCAAUGCAAUUAUGCGAUGUUGUGCUAUCGAUUUACUUCCACCUGCUAUUUUUCAGGGAGAAGGAAUGCACGGUGUUAUCGAAACAGCCAUAUCAAUUGGGCGACGUUGUCGGUGUCCAGAUCGUCAAGCAAUUUCAACACUUAUUCCUGAAACUUCUACCCUGAGUCAGGUUAUUGAGGCUAACACAGCAAUGAUGCUGUCAGAAUUGACUGCGGAAGUAGGACAGAUUUCCCGUACGUCUGGUUUCUCGUUUUCGGUAGAGCGCGUUGCAAAUGAAGAUGAUAUUGCUGUUAUUUCAGCUAAUUAUAUCACAGCAGAAUGGAAAUACAAACAUCGUGUUGUGAAUGUUGAUACAAUAGAAAAGAUGAAAACAGGAUUGGGAACAAUGGUCCGAGAAGCGGGUGAAUCUAAAAGGCUUUUAUGUGUUACGGAAAACAUUCCGAGUUGUAGUGGACAAGCUCAUCUUUACUGCAUAUGUUAUACACUGAAUAAUCUCAUCCAUGAAAUUUUCGAAGAAUUAUGCGAUCAGAGACACAAUGUGUUUGCCAUUUUUAUGGAAUGCCAGAAAAUAGUUGCUGCGAUAGAAAAGUUGGGCUUAGAUCGUUGGAUUGAUCCACCAGUUGAAAAAAGGGCUGGACGACUUGAUUACUUAUUUUAUGGUUAUGAAAUGUUAAAGUACGUUAAAGAUUGCGUUCAGCAUUUGCCCAUUUCACAAUAUCCAGAUAUUAUGGUACUGGUGCGAUCGAUUGAUUGGUCAGUUGCUGAUGAAAUACGAAAAUAUUUGGAACCAUUUCAUAUUAUGGCAUCAAUUUUCAAUAAUAAAUCAACAAUAUCUUUUCAUAUGGUGCAACCAGAAUGGUUCGCAUUGAUUCAUGAAUUCUCAUCAGAUGAUGAGGGUGAUGUGAACAAUAACGAUGCAUUGAGCUGGGCAUGUGCGCUGAGACGGAAAACGGAAAAUGUAUUAAGAAGUGCUACGGAAUCAGUAAUUAUGCCGGAGCAUCGUAUGGCAACUGUGUUGAAUCCUCGUCUCAAACAUCUUCCAAUUAUUUGUUCAGACGAAGAAAGAUCACAAACUUACUCAAGAAUACGGAAAUUAAUCGGAACAUCUGAAAUGAAAAAUCUAAAAAGCGAUGAAUUUCUUUCUGGUACAAGUGAUGGAGAGCCACCAAAGAAGCGAAUAUCAUUUUUGAGCUCACUAGAAGAUCAUGCAGUUAUUGAUGAUGAACUGGAGUGUUACUUACGUUCGCAGUAUCCAGCAUCUCAAACAAAAGAUGUGCUGCAGUUUUGGUCCACUGUUGGUCAGGCGCAAUUUCCAUAUCUGUCGCUGUUGGCUCGAUUUCUUCUUUCCAUCCCAGCUGCUUGUGUGGUCCAUAAAACUCAGAACGUUUUGAAAUUAACUCCGGAACACCUGUCAAGCUUACUUUUGUUACGAUCAUCAUAUACGCAAACAGUUUCUGGUGGACAAAGUCUACUUGCUUAA